AAAUGUUGUUCCCGAGCAGGUGGACAGCUUCAUUUGUAUUUUAAUUAUCUGUGGGUCUAUUUUAAAGAUAGGUAUUUAAAGUUUUAAUAUUGUUGCUCGAUUUGCCUCUUGGCGGCCUAUGAAGAAGUUUAGAUUGGUGUCAUAAGUGCGUUCUAGUGUGAACAAGGAGGAAGAUAUCCGGUUUUUGGAAUAGUCAGACCGACCAAAGAACAAAGAACGACUUAGAAAAGCCUUGGUGGGGUUCAUGGCCUUAUGAGGACGGUGAAUAGAAGGGAAGUUCUUGGAAAAGAACACAUUUACUGAUCAAAGAUGAAUUUUACGUUUCCUCCACUUCGAGUUAUGACGUUUGGUGUUGUGACUUUGCUUGCCUCAGAAGGGGUCACUCUCAGUCUCAACGAGUCAGAAGAAUACAAACUUCGCUCUGAUAUUGUGAAGAAUAAGGAGCCCAUGGUCCGUCCUGUAAAAAACUACUCUGAUGCUGUCAAUGUGUCCUUCUCUAUGGAUGUUUUGACCUUGACGGACCUAGAUAGUAAGCGGCAGAUGCUCUUAACAAAUGUCUUGAUCGUACAGAGGUGGCAUAAUCCGUUCCUCGAAUGGAAGAAAGAAGUUUAUGGAGGUAUUGAUCAAAUCGUCGUGAACCCAACGGAAAUAUGGGUGCCAGAUAUUGUCCUCUACAACAAGUAAAUUACUUUUUGAGUUUUAAAUUUGUAGUGGUGUUAUCCUCGAUCCAAUCCUAUGCACAAUCAGUCUGAUGA